UCAACCAUGAUGCCAUGGCCUUCUGUUCAGAGAACAAUGGUAUCCAAGCAGUGAUGUCAUGUUGCAAGUACACAAAGGAUCAAUGGUAUCCUAGCAACAGUCACAUGACAGUCUCUGACACCAACUGAAAGCUCCAAAGUUCAAAUUUGAAUGCUGCCCAAACAGCAGAAAAGAAGUAUGAACAUCUUCUUCCCAUUUACCAUUGUAACACUUCUAACAGUUGCAGAAUCAAAAACUCUAGCAGAUGACGGAUCAAAGACGAUGGACUGGAGAACAAAGAUUUCAAAAGCCAGAGAGAGGACGAGAAGGGCUGUGGGAUCCGAGUGGAAAAUGUCCCGCUCUGAGGCAAAGGAAAUGUUUCAGCAGUACUACAAAUGCCUGAGAGAGAAGCUAAAAAUUCUCAAGUAUCAAAAACAGAGCAUCACUCCUAUCAUCUCACAUAUUGGCCAGACAGUCAAGUUGAAAUGUCUCAUUUGUGUCAGGCCUGACCAGAUGGACUCCCAGAUGGUUUCCUGGCAGUUCCUGAAGAGGGCGGACGCCACCAUAAGCGUCCUGGACGCUGGCAAGCACCUGCGCAUCACAAAGCAGUGGACACUGGUCAUCAAGGAGUUGGGCAUGGCCGAUGUGGGUCAGUACUUCUGUGUUGAGGGAGGGGAAUACAUGGCCGUGUACCAGCUGGAUGUUCUCACUGCCGAGACCAGGAAAGUGGUGCUGGAGAAAGACAAAGGAAAUCUACUGCCAACAGUUGCGUUGUACAAGUCCAACCUGAAGCUGUUGACCAGCUGGACGGAAUGGAGCCAGUGCAACCAUUGCGGCAAGCCUGGCCUCAGAAGGAAGAUCGGGCUCUGCAUGGUGAAGAAAAUCUGGGCGGGUCAAACAACAAAGCCUUUUGACUUCCCACUGUUGGCACUGUACAAGGAUGGCGUCCCUUGUCGCUCGACAGCUCUUCCUAAAGCCAUUUCGCGCCUUCCGGGAAUUGCUAAGAGACCCAGCGAGGUUCUGCUGGGUAACUGCCAAGUGCCUUGCCCAACCCAGCCGCCCCCUCUCAACAUCACAGAUGCAACAGGGAAAGUUGUGGAGGUCAUUGAACCAGGAUUCUACUCCAUCAAAACUCACCCCAAACUGCCUCCAAUUGUCAAAAGAAUAGUUCAGUACCACGAAGCAGGGAUCCAUUUGGUGCUCAAAUGUCCUAGUGAUGAAGAUGAUGAAGGGGAUGACAAUUCAAUAGUGAGGUGGCAGCGAGGUAAGCGGCAGAUUGAUCCCCUGAGCAUCAAGAAGCAGACGCGAGGCAGGGUGUUUGUGGACCAGGAGAACAAGCUGCACAUGAGGAGGCUCUUCACUUCAGACACAGCGCCAUACAACUGUUGGAUCCUCAAACGCCAUGUCGCCACAAUAAAGGUCAUUGUGAUAGAGAAGUUUGAUGCCAAUCUCAAGGACUACAUAUCUUACGGUGGGUUCAUCCUCACUGCCAUCGCUGUUGUACUGGUGUGUCUCUGCGUGUGCUGCCGACGCGGACAGAAGACAGCCAGGUGAACAGACAAUGCACAGACGAAUAGACAUCAACAUUCACUGAUGUGUGUCCUAAUGUUUUGCCGAUGAAGUCAGAAAACGGCCAGUUCACAGACAACAGACAUCAGUACUGGAAGAUGAGCAUAUGUUUGUAUGACCAAUGUUAAUAGAAGACAGUCAGGAAAAGGACUGCUCUCAGGUCAGUUGCCAUGGUGAAUGUAUCAGUCCCACCGGGUGUGGUUGCUCCAGGACUGAUGCCAGCUGACCGGCUGAGGCUCUCACUAUACUGGAGUAUGGAAGACUCUCUCAGGUCAGUUGCGAUGGUGAAUGUAUCAGUCCCACCAGGUGUCAGAGGUUGCUCCAGGACUGAUGCCAGCUGACCGGCUGAGGCUCUCACUAUACUGGAGUAUGGAAGACUCUCUCAGGUCAGUUGCGAUGGUGAAUGUAUCAGUCCCACCAGGUGUCAGAGGUUGCUCCAGGACUGAUGCCAGCUGACCGGCUGAAGCUCUCACACUACUGGUCAUCUGUGUGUUGCUGGCACAAGGUUCACCCCAGUACAUGGAAAUAACCCGCAACCAUGACAAUCAAGUAAUAUGUGCAAUUAAUUGAUCCUUGACAAGAAAAUGGUGUUCUUAGAAAAUAAAGAAUUAUGUCAUCAUA